AUGGACUAAUAAAUUGCACUUUAUCUGAAAAUGAUCUCCUAUUAUGAACAGAAACUCUAAACUAUCAAACAAACUCUAUACUCUAAUAAUAUUGACAAUAUAGAUAGAUCUUUUGUGUUAUUGUCUAACAAUGAAGAUUCUAUUACGAAAAAUACUUUGUUAAACUUUUUCGUUUAGAAUCUCUAUCCUAUCAAUUAUAAGGAUAUUAUAGAAUUUAUAUGGUUUAUAGGUGAUAAAGAUAGAUUUACUAUCAGUAAACAAUAAUUUAAUGUAAUUGUUAAACUUUUAAAAAUCAUAGAAUUACUUAACGAAACUUUUACUUCAUAAAUCAAAUACUAUCAUUGACCAUACAAACAAUGAUCUAUAAGUAUAGCUUCUAAAAUUACUUGUUCAAUAAAUCAGAGUGAUUAAAUAAAUUAAGGAUAGCUAAUUAUAAAUAAUUAACAAUGAUGAAUUCAAUAUGUUUAAAGUAAUCUAAUAUAUCCUAUUUAUAGAUCUUUUAAAAUCUAAGUGAACAUAAUGAUAUAAUAAACUGUACAACUCUUCUAAAUUAUAUGAAAAACAAAAAAAUUUAAUUUAACAAUUUCGAUUAUGAUUUACUCACUUUUGCUAUAUUUGGAAAGAAAUGCAAUAUUACCCUAGAUCAAUUUAAGGAUAGUUCAUUAUUUUCAAAUAACAUUUCAAAUAAAUAAUAUAUUAAAUCAAGAGAAAUACCAGAAGAAAAAUAGAUGACUCAUUCUUAUAUCAUUAAUCUAAGCAAAUCUAUAAUACAACAAUAAUAAUUAAUGCCUAUAAGUGAAGCAAAUAGUAUUGUUGAAUUUAAAGCUUCGGAAUGUAAACCUAAAACUAAAAGAUAUUAAGAAUAAACUAAUGUACCUAGACCAUAUUGA